CCGCGGCUCCACUGUGUGGGUUUCUCCCAACCGGCCCCCCUCACGCCAAAUCGAGGCAACAGAUCCCGAAUUCAGGAAUCGGAGAUAGAAGAAUUGGUAGUCUUGCGCAAUGUGUGGUGUCGAAAGAGCGAUGUUGAGAGAUCGAGGUUUGGGGAUUUUUCUCUUCAGGAAUCCGUGUGAUGGGCCGGCUGUGCACUUUCUUGCACGCUGCUUGGAGAUGUAAUGUUGCACUGAUGAUGCAAACGUUUAUUUCUUUUGCUUUACCUGAUGAUUCUCCCUCACUGGAGCAUGAGGAUGUGUUUCUAUGAAGGUUUUGCGACGUCCUCUGGAGCAGAUUAGGGGACUCGGGUUUACACUAUCCAUUUCUAUGAAGGUUUUGGGUUUUGUAAGUGAUGAGUAGACCCUCACUGUAUGAGCAGGACAUGGAAGAAUGCUGGCUUUACUUGCAUUGUAGAUUUCGAUUGUAGAAAGAGGUGCUUGGGUUUGUGGUUUAGGGGGUGUUUGUUCAAUUGUGAUGGAAUGUUUCACCGAGAUGGCGGGCGGAUUGGUCAAGUAAACAAUGUGCGCAAAUUGGGUUCGUGGGUUUUUGUUCCAGUGGAAUAGAUGAGGUGCACUCAGUUAGUCGUGGUGGUCGCAGACUCGUUGUGUGAUCAUUAUUGAAGUUUUCAAUGGGAGUCAAAGCCUUCGUGCAUCGGGGUUUGAUAAUUCUACCAACGGAAUGCCGCAGCCCGCCAUUUUUGAUGCUUCGCAUUGGCCGCUACGACGGAAGUCAAGAGAAUUAUGUCCCAAUCAACGAUGACGGGGGCAGUCUGACAUUACCGCUUGCAGGGGACGAGCAUGUUGCCGCUCUGGACAGUGUUGGAUGUCGGAAGACGGGCCUAAUGUGCACAUGUCUUGUGCUAGCCUCUAGGGAAAGACUCAGGAUUGGUAGGCUGGACAUCGAAAACUCGACUUAUGAGGUUGCGGGGUCGAUCUCGCUAGCAGAGGAAGGAGAUGUUGGGGAGUGCCUCCAGUGUUGGCUCGUUGAUGGACCAACUCUUGUAGCGUGGUUUGGGAGUAAAGUAGUGGUGGCCUCAGAUAGGCAGGAACACAUUCUACCUUAUCUUGCGUUUGAGCGCCACAGCUGUUCCAGUUGGAAGGCUGACAUGCUGGAGGGGUCAUUUCAGCGGGUGUUUGUUGCCGAAAAUCAAGUCUUGUGCGUUUCUAGCGUUGCUGCGAGUGCUUCGUCUUCUGCACAAUACGCCAAUCUUCAAUGUUUCACACUCCCGUCUGAAAAUCAAGUCGGUCGAUACUCUCCGACCCUUACCGAAAUUGAGCUUCCUUUGGAGGUGGAUCCAUGUUCGAUUACCUGUGUGGCGUAUUUGGCGACAACGCUCAACUUGUCAUAUAAAGUCGUGUUCGGUACCAGUGAAGGAAGACUGAAGUGCUGCUCUCGUGGUAAAGUCGUCAUGGAGGUUACGCUGGAAGACUCUCCUCUUUCAGUGCAUUCUGCAGAAGCGGCACAUGGUGUUCAAGUGUUGGUCGUUAGUUUGGGUGGAAUGGAUCGUAAAGUCGUAACACUGUUCGCAGAUUCUCUCCGUCAAAUUAAUGCAUGGACAGGAGUUCAACAGGUGAUUGUGGAUGAUCUUGCAGGGAUUGGGCACGAUCAAAUGUUACUGGUCACACAACCGCUGUCUUCAACAGCAUCCUUCGAGCAUUGUCUUCGUAUUUCCCUUCUUGAAUUUGCUCCUCAAAGUGCAGGUGAUAAGCAUAAGAGCAACAUUCUCAAGUCCGUCAACGAAGCUUUGGAGAUUCGUCUGCAAGAUGGAAUGAAGGAGGUUCAAGAAACCGAGCAACGGAGAUCAGACAAGAUGCUUAUGUUGAGUGCUGCUUGCAACUUGAUGCAAAGCAUUGCGGUGCAUCAGUUGGGUAGUAAAAUUGAGGACAUGAUUGUCCCAGAUGAUGCAGUAUGUAUGGAGUCUAUACAAGUGCAGGAAGCAUAUAUGGGAAGAUGGUUUCUGGUCAUCAAUGUAAAUGUAAAUAAGAACGUGCCUGAAGGGUUUCACUUACGUCGACCCACUCUAUUCGCAACAAGCUUGCUCGGCUUCGUCAAAAGCAUGGCUUCCCGUCUCCCAUCUCAGGCGAACUUGCAAAGUUUCCUCUUCUCCUUUCCAAUUAAGGACUGCCACUUCCCGCUUCACAUUAUUUUGGCAGCUGAAGCUAGCGGAAACAAGAACAUGUCAUCAGCAUGGGAUCCAGUAGGAGCAAGCUUCAAUGUUCAAGACAGCCAACGUAGCAAAAAUUAUCGCACCUACACCCAAUGGAUACACACAAUUGACACUAUUGACACAGACUAUGAAUCUAAUGCCGCUGGGUUUUUGGGUACCCAUACGGCCUUGUGCGAAAGAUGGAUAUCUCUGAUGGGCGGUGCUGACAGUCCUCAUCAUUUGAGUGUACUUGUGAAGGCUGUUUCAAUGCACACAACUUCAGGGAAUUAUACGUGGGGCAGCUAUGGUAGUUCCAAGGAAUGCGAAAGGCAGUACGUGACAGAGGGGCAAACCAAGGCACCUCUUUCAUCGAUGUAUAUGCACGAUGUUUCACUUGCGAGGAACAUUGUAACUACAAACUUCUUGGGCACACUGUCAAAAUUGUAUGGUCCAAGGCUAGCAGAGAUGGUGGUCCAAUUUGCUGAUGUAGUGCUGGAGGAGAUCCAUAGCUAUGUGAAUGAGGGCUCGGAUGCCUGCUUAGCCGAACUGCAAGCUGCCACUGAUCGGUGUUUGUGUCACUUGCUUUCGUCAAUCACUUAUAACAGUUUUGGGGACUUUUGAACACCAGUGAAGGUGGGUAGCCCCUUGGCAUAGGAUCACCCAUUUUUUACGAGUAGAGUGUUGGAUUUGCAUCCUACUGAACCCAAGAAUUAUCUUGUUAUGUUUGGCGUACUGUGCCAAGUGGAAAAUUUCCUUACUAUGAAAACUUAACCUUCAUACUAGCUUUCAGCUGAAUUU